AUAGUUUGCUCUCUUUGCAAGGUUCCCACCCAGGUACAGAGUAUUCAUUUUAUUGCAAUGUUUCCCUUACUAUACAGUGUGUGCAUAAAGAGAACCCUCCUUGAGUAUUUGUAUCUGCAGAAUGGAGAGGCUUUUUGUGUACGUGCUCGUCCUGUGCUGGAAGGUGAUUCCGUGCAGCGCGUGUGAGUUGUCUAACAUAACCAUCGUGUUGGAGAAGGAGGGAUGCGACACCUGCAUCACUGUCAAUGCCACUUGGUGCUCAGGCUACUGCUUAACAAGGGACUCUUCUUCGAAGCAUCCACUCAUCAGAAAAGUCCAGCACGUGUGCACCUACACGGACAUCAUUUAUGAAACGGUGAGACUGCCGGGCUGUGCCGAGAAUAUCGAUCCCUAUUACUCGUACCCUGUGGCCAUCGACUGCCACUGUGAUCUUUGUAAUAUUCACACCACAGACUGCACAGUGAGAAGCCUGGGGCCCUCCUACUGCUCCCUUGGCCAAGAAAAGGAAGAACUGGGAACCAAUUAAUGUUGUUGGUUUGUGCAUGGAUUCUUGUUAGUAGUUGCCCUUGGCAUCCCACCAGAUGAUAUAAGCAAUACCAUAUACUAGUGUGUCGCAAUGACAAAAAUGUAGCAAAUCAUGGCUCAUAAUACAGCGUAUAGGAACCACCUGAGACAGACCACUAUGGUAGUUUCCUCUGCUUACCCACACUCUCCAAAUUGUGACCUUUCCUGCAGGUAUUGUAGGAUGCUAUAAUGCUCUCAUAGCCCGAUCUAGGGAUGUGGGGGUCGGCCUGAAACCUGCAGGACCCAUGAGUUACAGGCAGGUUUCGGCCAAGCUCUUAUAUCUGCCCCUCGAACCCAAGACCUUACUAUGCCCCGCUUUCACCUCUAUUUACAGGAGUGUUCCUGAACCGCUCUGCCCCCUUUGUGACCAGUGGCAUAACUAUAGAUUUAAUGAAUCCCUCUCCCCAGCACUCUCCUACCAGGUAGUGGGCAGGAAGUUGGGACA